AUGGACGCGCAUAGAUCUCAUAUUUCCCAAGGAUCUUAUGGAUGCUUCUCCCCUACCAAGGAAUAUGUUGAAGCAUGCUUGAAGCGCAGUCGUGGCCGUCUACUUGAUAUUACCAUUAAGUUCCCGCGACAUAUCACAGCUACAAACUACGCCUUGGAACAGGUUGUGGCUGAAGUGACCCCAAUAAUUGGUAUCGAUGCAUCCUCAGACCUAUACGGAACGCUCCUUGAUGCAGAUUGGCAAUGCAACAAGAACGUGACCAAGUCCCUCAUUGGUCCCAACGGGGAGCAUGUGCUGCGGUGGGGUUCACUUUCGAUGACACUUUCAGAAGACGAUUGGGGAAAUUUCUUUCUUGCGCGCAUGGAGGACUAUCCAGCUCCGGGUUUACAACAACUGGAAAUCACAAAUAUAAGUUUUUCUACAGACUGGUUUCUGUAUGGAGGGUGCUCCUUUCCGACAAUGCUACGUCUGCGUUCAUUGAAGACGGACUGGCCCUGCUUACACUGGCUCAAUCCUCAGUCAGCAGCCCUCACUCACCUAGAUACCACAUACGGAGGUGGCGUUAUCUUUGAUCACCUUUCUGGCUUCCAGAAACUCCACCAGCUUUGUAUUCGAGACGCCACUGACACCUCUUCGUACUCCAAGGAUUCGAUCACCCUCUCUCAACUCUCCGAACUUCAUAUAUACGGAGAUGUCAACGAAAUUAUCGCAAUUCUAGUGGCACCACAGCUCGAAAAGCUGGUCGUCUUUUCAUCGCAGACCAGGUUCAAGCGACCACUUCCGUCCGUUCCAUUGGUUGAAUGGACAUUCGACAAGACCGAUGCGUAUGAUUUCUUACAGUACAUCACACUUACCUCCAUAUUCGAGAACAUGACAGAGACGCGUCGCUUGAGCCUUCAGGGUUUUAAAGUGGAGCUGGUAGAUGAUGUUAGAAACAAGCUCAAGCGAGAAGGCAGACUGCCAACGAGCCUCAAAGUAGUAGAGGUACUCGUAGAUGACGCUAGAAUAAUUAUCUGCGACUGA